UCUCUGGGCUCCGCUUGCCGCAGGUCUCAUCACCAGCAGCCAGUCCGCAGCUUACGCGAUCAGCAAGUUUAUCAGCGGCGUCCUCUCUGAUCAAAUGAGCGCCCGCUGGCUCUUCUCAUCUGGCCUUCUGAUGGUGGGCUUGGUCAACAUGGUCUUCUCCUGGAGCUCCACCGUGACAGCCUUUGCUGGGCUGUGGUUCCUGAAUGGGUUGGCUCAGGGCCUGGGGUGGCCACCCUGUGGGAAGGUGCUGCGAAAAUGGUUUGAGCCUUCCCAGUUUGGGACUUGGUGGGCAAUCCUGUCUACAAGCAUGAACUUGGCUGGGGGCUUAGGCCCCAUUGUUGCUGCUCUCGUGGCUCUGAACUACGAUUGGCGUAUGACUUUGUCCUUCUCUGGCUUCAUCUGCGUGGUUGUCUCUUUUGUUUGCCUUGUCCUGAUAAAAAAUGAGCCGUCGGAUGUUGGGCUACCCAACAUUGAACAAGGAACCAAGAAAGGGAAGAAAGGGUCCUCCAGAGACAAUAGCACUCUGACAGAGCUGCUGCUCUCGCCAUACCUCUGGGUGCUCUCAACGGGCUACCUGGUUGUUUUUGGAGUGAAAACAUGCUGUACAGACUGGGGGCAGCUCUUCCUGAUCCAGGAGAGGGGACAGUCUGUGCUUAUAGGUAGUUCCUACAUGAGCGCCUUGGAGAUUGGUGGUCUGGUGGGCAGCAUUGCUGCUGGGUACCUUUCUGACAGAGCAGUAGCAAGAGUAGGUCUGUCAAACUACGGGAAUCCUCGGCACGCGCUGCUGCUCUCCAUGAUGGCGGGAAUGUGCGUUUCCAUGUAUCUGUUCCGGGUCACAGUCACAGGCGAUUCUCCCAAGGAAAAUGACGUCUGGACUGUAGCCUUGCAACCUCUAGCUGAUCUUACUGGCCUAAAAGAACAUGAGCUGUGGAUACUGACUCUCGGAGCUGUGUUCGGGUUUUCUUCGUAUGGCCCCAUCGCCCUCUUUGGGGUUAUAGCCAACGAAAGCGCCCCCGCCAACUUGUGUGGUACCUCCCACGCCAUUGUGGCUCUCAUGGCCAAUGUUGGGGGUUUUCUGGCUGGACUACCGUUCAGUACCAUUGCCAAACACUACAGCUGGGCCACAGCCUUCUGGGUAGCUGAAAUCACCUGUACCGGUAGCACAGUGGCCUUCUUCUUAUUGCGGAACAUCCGCACCAAGAUGGGUCGGCUUCCCGAGAAGGCUGACUGAGGAUAAGCUGCUUGGUCAAAAGGAUGACCCUACACUGACAGGAAGGAUGCACGUUUCUUUAUUUACUGGCCUAGGAGCGCCUUACCUAUUGCUGCAACCUAGAUAAAAAUGUCUCAAAUUCUCAUUCGCUGUCACGUGCCUGAAGGCAUAAAGUUCCUGGUACUGGUACUUUUUUCCUAGAAAUGUGAUAAUUCAGCUCGUUGACAUUCGCAAAUGUCUUACCAUACCUCCUCUUCACAGCACUGUUCGUGAUGUAAGCAGGUUUUGCAGCCUGAGCUACUAAACUGAAAGUACUGUAAAAUGACUGGCUUCAGGUGCUGUCACAUUCAGUUUUGUCCUUAUCGUUGGUCUUAACCGUUAACUGGCAACUGAGCCUCACUGUUUAGGGGCCCUGAACUGAGGCUUUGCUACUUUCAUUCAGCCCUCCUAGCUGCUUGAGUGCAGCUGUCUUAGUUUAUUAGGUAUGAGCUCCCUGCUGUCUCUGUGUCCUGGAACAGUGGCAGACCUGUGAGUAACAAUUACUGGAGCGUUGCUUUGCAGCUGACGCAAGGCAGCGUCCUGUUAGCUUUACCCUGGAUUAGCUGGUACAAGCUAGGGUGGUGCUGCAUGUGCUGCUGUGACAUGGCUCUCUCUCCAGCACUUAGAAAUAGGCAAGCUUCCCAGAAAUUCUUGGCACUUCAGGGUAAAGCACUUAGUUAGAGGAGCGCCUUCUGUUGAACUGAUCCUGCCCAGAGUGAUUUGCACGUACGGUGUUAAUGAUUUGCAAGGUGGGCAGCUGCUGCCAAGGCAACUUGCAGAAAGCAGUCUGCAGACCAACCAGGAAAACUGACCCAGCAGCAGGUGUUGCAACAGCAACUACCGCAGGCCCACGUUUUCUGCAGCUGGGUUUCAUAACCUGGUAUUUCUAGAAUUGGCUUGCAUUUUUCAGUAGUGUGGCAUGUCUGCAGUCAAAAGCUGGCUCUCAUGGCUGUAGGUAGUAGUUAGGGUCACCUCUGAGAGAAGGCCUUAGCAAAGCUACUGCUGACAGUGAGCAGCCAUUAGUAGUCAAACCCAGUGGUCUCUGCAGUUAAGUUGCCUCAGGUUUUUUUACCAGGAUUUUGUCGAAUAUUCUUGUAUUUCUCCAGAAGGAUUUAUUGCUUUAGGGUCCUGGAAGAAGGAAGUUCAACUCAUGAACAACCUCUACACAGGUACUUUGCUGAACAGAUUAGAUGCAAGAGUAGGUAGCCCUAAUGAAGAUAACGGACGUAAAUUACAUGUUGUACUUAAUUGUAAGAUCUACCACCUGUGAAAUAAAAAUGAAGCAGUAUCAUAAUA